UCGGCGCUUCCGCUUCCGGCGGCGUGGGCUGCGGUGCGCGGUAAGACGAUGGCGGCUGCUGGCAGUGAUCCGCGGGCUGGCGACGUAGAGGAGGACGCCUCACAGCUCAUCUUUCCCAAAGAGUUUGAAACAGCUGAGACACUUCUAAAUUCAGAAGUUCAUAUGCUUCUGGAGCAUCGAAAGCAACAAAAUGAGAGUGCAGAGGAUGAACAGGAACUUUCUGAGGUCUUCAUGAAAACUUUAAACUACACAGCCCGUUUCAGUCGUUUCAAAAACAGAGAGACCAUUGCCAGUGUACGUAGCUUGCUGCUCCAGAAGAAGCUUCAUAAGUUUGAGUUGGCCUGUUUAGCCAACCUUUGUCCAGAGACUGCUGAGGAGUCCAAGGCUCUGAUCCCAAGCCUGGAGGGGCGGUUUGAAGACGAGGAGCUGCAGCAGAUUCUCGAUGACAUCCAGACCAAGCGCAGCUUUCAGUACUGAUCUCCAGGCGCCCCUGCUGCUGGGGGGGCCACGCCACACACCCGCGCGGCGCCGCUGGCCCAGCAUCCAGGGCUGCCGUGCACGGAAAGUCCGUUGCACGAGACACCUGGGCUCCCUUUGGACAGAGCGACCCAGUGCUUGGUCUUGGUUUAGGUUGCUGUUUCCGGCUCGACUGUGGGACGCCGCUGACCCGCGUAACCUUGGCGAGGCCUAGCCGCGGCUGCCCGCGCUUGCCUCUGGGGAGUGUGAGGCGGGGCCACGUGCGUCUCGGCCACGCCGCUGGCCGCCUCACGUCACGGUCUUUGGCCCUGGUGUUAUUUUUGAUUCCUAAUAUUUCAUGUUUUAAUUUCAGUGUGUUCGUUGUUUUUGAAGCUAUACUAGAACAUGUAAAACUGGUAUGGGAAACAGUCUCACCUAAAUGCAAAAGGAGCAAUUAAACGAGACCUGUAUCGUUGUUUGAGAUUCUUAAAGAGAGGAUGGGGCUUCCCUGGUGGCGCAGUGGUUGGGAAUCCGCCUGCCAAUGCAGGGGACACAGGUUCGAGCCCUGGUCUGGGAGGAUCCCACAUGCCGCGGAGCAACUGGGCCCGUGAGCCACAACUACUGAGCCUGCGCGUCUGGAGCCUGUGCUCCGCAACAAGAGAGGCCGCGAUAGUGAGAGGCCCGCGCACCGCGAUGAAGAGUGGCCCCCGCUCGCCGCAACUAGAGAAAGCCCUCGCAUGAACCGAAGACCCAACACAGCCAUAAAUAAAUAAAAAUUUAAAAAAAAAAAAAAAAAAGGAUGAUAGCGCCUUGGUGUCAUUGUGCGUAGCCCAGGAGACAGGGAAGAGGCUGCCGCGGAGAGCAGUUACACGUGCGGGUGACUGCUGAGCGCUGUGGGGCACACCGCCGUGAGAUGGACAAGUUCUGGGCCUUUCUUCCUGAAUUGCUGCGCAGCAUAGGUUUGGAGUAAGUGCUCUUUAAGCACUUACUUUGUCACUCCCAAAUUCAGAUUUUUCCUUCCUGGGCCACAUGUGAAGGAGUGAGCACUUCACCGUGUCCUCAUAUGGGGCAUCGGGUCCAAACCUCUGCCCUCCUGCUUAGCAGCAGGUGUUCUGCGAUGGAGGAGACGUGGAAGGAGGGAGCCUGCCACUUCCCGAGCCACUACAGUGGCGUCACUCCAUCUGAGGCUAGUUGCGGAGAAAACGCUUUAAUUACUAAACACUGUGGCUCUGAAUUUUCUGAAGGGAAAUAUGCCUGUUUUCUUCACAGUUUGGGGAUUUUUCUUUGAGGCACUUGUUGGCUCCAAGUCAAUUCAUGGUCCAGAGAAAAGGCUGGGGAAAGAACAAAGUUGGCUUUAAAAGUCAAGGUCGUUUUAUGUCAGCUGCUGACAAAGGCAAAAAUAAAAUUUCUUUAAUAAAGUCUUUCAGUUUCUGAAAUGA